UUGGAGGAAGAAAAUCGCGAGCCCCAUGACAGCGCCGAUGAAGUCUACUCAGGAGGAGGAGCACGAUAUGGCCGGAGGCAAAUCGAGCUCCAUCUCUAAGCCGCAAAUCGAGAACGCAGCUAGUCAGGAGGAGAAGGAUUCUCAGGAGGAGGAGAGCGAGGUGUCUGAUUCUGAUGAGGACGAGGACCCGGUGGAGGGAGGCGAAUCGGGCUCUACCAUCUCCAAGCGGCAGAUCUCCAAGCUGUGUGAGGACAUGGAGGUUACAUUGUCUUACCUGAGACGGGACAUCGAACCAGCAGCCCCGCUGAGGGACGCGGCCGAAGGCGACGCCGACGAGGCACUCCCGCCGACGAUCCAUGCCAUCUCAGAGCAGUUCAAGGAUGUGCGCCGUCACAUGUCCAAGCUCAGAUUGCAGCUGCAACCUUUCAAGGAGAGGUACGACGAGAAGCAGGCUCAGGAGGAUUCGUAUGAGGGCCUGGACGAUGAAGAGAAGGUCAGGAAGAAGAUAGACAAGGAAGAGAUGUUCUUCGAUAUUUAUCGCCGAAGCACCGAGUCCUCAUGCCGCCGUGUUGUCUUCGAGCAACAGACCACAUUGAGCCCUAUGUACUUCACGCAUUGGACACCCGGACAGAUCCUACCCAACUAUGCUGACACAGAAGGGAUUAGCCUGCAGGUCUAUUCCUUCAAGAUCACAAAGAUCAAGGGCAAUCUGUGUUGGCCGCUCCAAGUGUACGGUGUCGUUGCCGCGCGAGACAACUCUGACCGCAAGCGCAACAUCAUCUUCAAUCGGCUGAGGCACGACUGCCAGGAGAUCUUCUCAGAUGACCCCUUCUUGCGCUUGACCGGCCCGUCUCGGGCAAUUAUGGCGUUGAGCCCAGUUAACUUUGAAGUUCAGCUGAAACUUAAGGGCGCAACAGAGUCUGCGGACAGGGCGUUGAUGAAUCUUACAGAACAUUACGUCCGUGGUAUUUCAAAUACAAUUACGUUCCGCAACUGCCUUUGCAAAGCAGAGUUAAGAGUGGAGGAACUUUCUAGUUCGGUUCAAGCUACUUUCUUGGGUGUCCGCAUCGUCAAAGACGGUCCAUGCCCUUUUGAAUAUGGAGGCCGGAUUGCUUGCUCCUCACCACCUCGUGAAGUUGUGCGAAUGGAUGAUAAAGGCAUUCCACACUUUGUUGUUGAUUCAUGCUUCCAAGUUGUGUUGCUCGAUUCUCGUCAUUGUGUGCGUGGGAAAAUGCCGAUUGGCGAAGAUGGUUGCCUUGAUCUGUCAAGACGCUUUGUUUCCGUUAAACUGCAGAAAGAGAACAACCAACAAUUCAAAGAAUGCUUGGCAGUUGUUUUUGAAGCCUACUCAGAGUCCGGUGAUAUGGCUGCGCAAGCUCAUGUCAGAAUCAAGCCCAGGACUUGCAACAUAAGCCAGCACAGUUGCGACCUUGGUGGCUCUAAGGUGGAGAUUACCAUUGCUUGGUCAGCUAUUGUCAGGACCGACCUUUGUUAGGACCGAUCUUACUUGAUGGUGCACUGGCAGCCUGAAUGUUAUGGAAUAGGGAUAUCCUUUGACAAGUUAAAUCUAUCUUGUUUUGUUUCAGUUUUGCCGGUGGUUAUUUGUUAGUUCAAUUAAGUAUUUGUUGUAUCAGUGCUAUGUAAAAUGUGGCAACUACUA